AUGGCGGCUGAAAACGACGUCUAUGUUCUUCACUAUUUUCCGUUUUCUUUGUAUUCACUCAUGGUACGAUUUGGACUCGUAUUAGCAAGACGGUUGAAUCCAGAGACGGCGCCAAAGGUCGAAAUUAGGCUGGUGAAUCUUCACAGAGAAGAGAACUAUUCAGAGCUUUAUCUCACUUCGGUGAACUCAAGAGGCCAGGUGCCCGCACUGACAUCACCUGCGCUUGCAUCACCACUCACAGAUAGCAACGAUAUCUCUAAAUGGCUGUGUGAGAAACAACCGGAACUUAUUCCCGAGGACCAUCGCGAAAUGAUCCAGGAGAUGAUGGAAAAGCUGUACAGCUUUCAUGCUUUGACUCUGACGAUUGGGCCUGACGAAAGGAAGCACGGUAUUCUCAAUCGAGCGGCCGAGCUGCUGGAGAAGAAGGAUUUGACCGAGCGCCAUCGUAGAGCGCUGGAAAUGAAGAGUGUCUUUCAUGAUCUGUUCCACAACAGCAUGUUUACUCCUACUAGCAUCGCGGAUGUUGAAGACAAGGCUCGCGACUUUGUGCAAAAACUAGACACAAUCCUCGACGAGCAGCACCACGGGAAACUUUGGAUCUUUGGAGACAGGCCAACCAUCCUGGAUGCACAUGCUACGGCACUGAUAGCGCGGCUGAUGGACGUGAGCCGACGGGACUUGCUGACGGAGAGAGUGCAAGAGUACGCAAGGGGGAUCUUUGCAUCGGAAGAGUGGGACGAGGUUACACACGGAAGGACUACGCUUUGGAAUGUCUCGUUGGGCCACGUCGCCGACUUGAAUCCACUGUAG